AACAGUUUAGUUAGUUCGGGUUUUUCCUUCAGACAGUCAAUAUGAACAAAAUAGUUAUAAAAGUGCUAGUGAUACUCGCCGUAGUGACUGGUCCAGGUUAUGCUACACCGUGUAACGAAACAUCGGCUUCCUACCGUUCUCACCGGAGUCCGCCGUUGCGUUGCUGCAAGGAUGGAUUUGAAGAAUCAUUAAAUCACGAAAAAGUCCAAGUCGUGAGACGUGAAUGCGCUGAGGAACUUGGUCUAACUGCGAUGUCCGAAGAUGAACUGCUAAAAAAUCGUAAAGGUUUGGUUUGCUUGAUCGAAUGCAUUACCAAAAAGCAUGACCUAGCAGAUGAGAAGGGUGAGUUACUGCAGGAGGAUUUGGCCAAAGCUUUGAAGGAACAUUUUAGCAUUGCCGAGUGGAAAGUACCUCUCCUUGAUGGCAUAAUCAGUGAAUGUUUCCAGUUCGCCGAGGAAGAGCACGAGAAGCACUCGAGUGAUGACGGAACAUGUAAUCCGGAAGGUUUCCAUUUUGGCUACUGUCUGUGGAGAAAGUUUACCCUAGCCUGUCCGGAGGAAAUGCAAGACGAUUCGGAACACUGUGAGUCGAUACGUGGAAAGCUGAAGAGCAACGAUACGGAGGGGCUGUGGAAUGCUCACAUCGACUAGUCGAUGUAGAGAGCUUCCCGUUUGACCUGACAGCUUUGUUGCUGCCUGAUAGCGAAAGCUUCAGUCGAUCGGGUAACGUAACGCUAGAGUUUUGGAACUAAAUAAAAAUAUGCAAUAGAA